AUGGUCGAGUUCAAACGUCGGCAGAGGAAAAAGAAAGUGGAAACUCGAAACUACUGCAAAAACAGAGAGCCAUGCGAUGUGUUUAUAAACCACAGAGGAAGCGAUACGAAGAAAAACAUUGCCGGGUUGCUCUACGAUCACCUUUCAAGGCUGGGCAUUAAGCCAUUCAUGGACAGCCGAAACAUGAAGCCUGGGGACAAGUUGUCAGACGAGAUUGACGCCGCUAUCAGAAAUUGUAAGGUUGCUGUUGCACUCUUGUCGCGCAACUAUUGUGAGUCCCGCCAUUGUCUCCGUGAGCUCGCUCUUUUAAUGGAGUCCAACAAAAAAGUUUUACCCAUCUUCUGGGAUGUCAGUCCGUCCGAGCUUCGGGUUAACAACACUGGAUGCCAAUUUUCAGAUGAAGAACACCGGAGAUUUGAAAGGGCACUUGAACAAGUUAAAGAUACCAUUGGACUAACCUUUGACUCGUCCAAAGGGGAUUGGUCUGAAUUCUUAGAAGUUGCUUCGAAAGAAGUAAAGAAUUUGCUUGAGUAUUGGGCUGAAAAUAGAGGAGAUUAUGGGGUGAGCAAAAAUCGGGCUGGAAGCGAGGUGGGCCGUGAAGCAGUGUGGUUCAUGGUCAACCUGUGCGGUGGUGUGUGCAUUUAG